AUGUCAAAUUGUUUCGAAGUCAUUUGGACAACGAAUUGGACUUAUAUCCAAUAUCCAAAACGAAUUGGAUAUAUGCCUAAAACCAAUUUGACACCAAAUUUUCAAGACAUCCAAACUUUAUGGAAUAACGCAAAACAAGACGAAGGGACGUCUUUACCACCGCCAGAAUCAUCUUCAAUGUAA